AAGUACAUAACUAACUGCACGGCGACCGCUGCGCGCACCAGCGAUCACUCGCUAAUAACAAACAUGACAGGCACAACACUUGUCACAUACAACAACAAUGUUAGCAUAGCUAUAAUCCUUCAAAUGAAAUCAGGUCGUAACUUCAAGUUGACUUACAAGAUUUGCGAAGUGGUUCAAGUUAAAUGGUUGACGGACUUCAUGAAGAAAUACACCAACUUACCUCACACGUGCCCCUUUAAACCGGCUACAUACAAUUUCUACAACAUGCAUUUGCCGCCAAAAAACAUGCCAAUUCCGAUUCCGGAGCGGGAUUUUGAAGUCGUCCUGCAAGUGUUUGUAACCGACACCAAAGAGAUAAUUGUUGACAUUGUUACAAUACUUGGUAAAGUAUCAAUAAAUCAAAAUUAA